CGGUGACGGUAGCCCAUCAACUGUUGAUCCAUUUCCAGUUGUUGUCUCGGAGUCUUCGCUUCCUCUGACUCGAUAGCCGCAGCUCGCUCGGACAGAACGAGGUCCCGAACCGAAACAAAAUGCCGAACAUCAAGAUAUUUAGUGGUAGCUCUCAUCCGGAUCUGUCUCAGAAAAUAGCUGACCGCCUGGGUCUCGAAUUGGGGAAGGUUGUAACCAAAAAAUUUAGCAACCAAGAAACAUGUGUGGAGAUUGGAGAGAGUGUGCGAGGAGAGGAUGUCUACAUCGUGCAGAGUGGCUGCGGAGAGAUCAAUGACAAUUUGAUGGAGCUGUUGAUCAUGAUCAACGCCUGCAAGAUUGCCUCUUCCUCCAGGGUCACGGCGGUCAUCCCUUGCUUCCCCUACGCCCGCCAAGACAAGAAGGACAAGGUGGGGAGCCGCGCUCCGAUCUCUGCCAAGCUGGUGGCCAACAUGCUGUCCGUGUCGGGUGCGGACCACAUCAUCACCAUGGAUUUGCAUGCCUCUCAGAUACAAGGGUUCUUUGAUAUUCCCGUUGAUAACUUGUACGCGGAGCCAGCUGUGCUGAAAUGGAUCAAAGAGAACAUUCUUGAGUGGAAAGACUGUAUCAUUGUGUCCCCUGAUGCAGGCGGAGCCAAAAGGGUCACCUCAAUAGCAGACCGGCUGAAUGUGGACUUUGCCCUCAUUCACAAGGAGAGGAAAAAAGCAAAUGAGGUGGACCGCAUGGUUCUUGUCGGAGAUGUAAGGGAUCGGGUUGCUAUUCUAGUGGACGACAUGGCAGACACAUGUGGGACAAUCUGUCAUGCAGCUGACAAGUUAAUCUCUGUCGGUGCCACCAAGGUCUAUGCCAUCUUAACCCACGGCAUCUUCUCUGGCCCUGCAAUCUCGCGCAUCAACGACGCUUGCUUUGAGGCUGUGGUGGUCACCAACACAAUUCCUCAGGAGGAGAAGAUGAAGCAGUGCUCAAAAAUACAGGUUAUAGACAUCUCCAUGAUCCUUGCAGAGGCCAUCCGUAGGACUCACAAUGGGGAAUCUGUAUCGUAUCUGUUCAGCCAUGUGCCCCUGUAACACCGCCACUUCCAUCUGUGUACUACCUACACCAAAGCAGAGAACAGGGAAUUCCCCCGAACACUGCCAUUAGCUCCUGCUAAUAGAUUUAGUGGUGAAAAAAAGAUUGAAGGGGCAUCAUGUCUGUACUAAUGCCACCCCCACCCCCAUGUUCAAGACGUCUGUUUGUGUUUUCAGCGCCACAGCAAGCGAGCUGCUCAUUUUAGCCCGACAUUUUUAUGUAUGGAUAAAUAGGUGUCCAACUUGGAUUUUGUCUUUUCUUUUAAUGACAUUUAACUCGCAGCAUUUCUCUUGAUCGUUGUUGUUUUGAUCUGUGUUCAAAGAGCUUAUGUCAGAAUUGUUCUCGGCAGGUUCCAGUGCUCAAAAGAUAUUAAAGCUGUUACAAUGUGUUUUGUUAGAAAAUUGUCAUUUGGUUUAUUAAUGUUGCUGUGCUAUCAUCUGCUGUUUCAAGACUACGGUCGUUGAACUGAAUGUGUGUUUAUCUAGUUCACAGUGCCACUGAAGCUCCACUCAACCACGAGUGCCUCAAAGGUUUGAAAAGAUGAGGCGUUUGUUUCUUUUUCCUCCAUGUUGCUGUUUGUUUCCUCACUGGAUGGACCAGCCCAUGACUUGACAGGCUGUAAAAUGUUUUCUUUCAACUCUUGAGGCGCCCAUCAUUGAGUCGGGUAUGUCCAGUAAUAGUUUUGUUCCUUAACAAUCUAAGAUGAAGAGAUAGUGUUGGUGAAGUGGCCGAGUUUUUAGCUUGAGGUCUCUGCAGGAUGGAGCUCCCUUCUGAAAAAUUCACCUGCUUUCCUUGUCUUGUUUUUUUUUUAAUAUGUUUUGAGUAAACUGUCAUCGAUGUGCAUAAUCUAAGCUUUUGUGUUUUCCUUUCACAGUAGGAAUGAAUGCACCUGUUAUUUCAAGAUGCAUUCUGAAUAAAUUUGAAUAUGCACCAAAA